AUGUACUCUCCCGCGGGACAGCAUUGGAUCGUCGACAGCCGAGGAAGGGCCCAUCCGACUGGGUCUCUGGCUGAUCCCAGCGACCGGGAUGUGACUGGCGGGCUGUCAGGCGUGGCUUCUGGACUUAAUCGCCCGCCACUGUUUGUUUAUACUUUAGCACUAAACCCACAGCAACAACCAGAACCAGAACCACAACAAUCACGAGCCUCCAAAAGCAAUGUUCAUGACUCUGCUGUCAAGAGGGAGCAAUAUUCCACAUUCCAUGUAGGGGGUAAAAUGGGACCUCAAACUAGGCUAUUGAUGGUCAUCCAUGGACGGAGCAUGGCUGAAUGUGUUCGUGUUCAUAUCACGGGUUGCCUGUCUCCUCCCACAUGGUCUUUUCCCUUCCCGUCCCGUCAUACGCCCUCCGUCCGUCCCCCCAGAGGGCCGGGAAGUGAGGAGCAGCCGCUAUGCCAAAACAGGCGAUCCUCCCUACGGCCUAGUCUAGAGCUUUGCUUUGCUUUGCUUCCUCAUGGCGCUGAACGUUAUCCCAAGAUACUAUCCCUCGGUUCCGCAGACAAGGAAUUGCCAGCGCGCUUGCUAGACACUCGUCGUCGGCUACCACCGUUUGAAAGUUCCAAGUCCAAGUAUCAACUAUCAAGCCUGAAAUAUAUUAAUUUGCCCCCUCUCCCGGAGGAACCCGACUGA